UAUUAAAUAGAAUAAAAUAAUUUGAAAUGCGUGCUAUUGUAGUUUUUGGUCUCGUGUUGGUUGCCGUUGUGGCUUCAUCGAAAGUAAAAUCGGAAUCUCGCGGAAUAGAAAUAAAAGUAUUGGAAUCAGAAAAUGUUGCGGAAUUUUUGAGCUUAAUCGUCGAAGCCACCGAAUACGCUUUCGACACAGGUUUAACCGCUGAAGGAAGAAUGACCUUACUGGAAAAUCAGUUGGUAGUUAAAAUAUCAGGUUAUAGUUGGUUUGUGUCUGAAGGUACAGAUGCUGUAGCUCACACUUCAAAAACAUACGUUUACUUAAGAGUUUUGGAUGGGUUAAUCCCACAUAGAGUGAAUAUCGUUGCAUGUUAAUUUUUAAUUAAUAUCAUCUUAUUAAUUGUUAUUGAGAUGAAAUAAAUAUUAUUUUGUUAAACUUAA